AUGGGUGUUCAGUCGGAUGCUCAUCGAUACGCUCAGGCAACUUUUCACGAGGGAGCGCAUCGACAAGCUCCUGGUGAUUCGACUCCAUGGAGGGAUGUUUCCUCUCCGCUGAAUCGGUUGAAAGGAUGGUGGCUAGCACCUGCAGCCAAAGGGAGCAUGAUUGCGGCUUGGUGCCUGACAGUGGUUCUUGGUUCAUAUUGCUUUUUUAUUCAGCAAGAUGCCAAAGGAACUUAUUUGCUAAAUAAUGUUUUAUUGCGUACUUUACACGAAGAGACAUUGCGGGCCGAUGCCAAUCAGGAGCGUGCAUCACAAUUGAAGGAAUCGAUGAAAAAGCACCUUUUGCAAGAAGAAAGACAAAGCAAAGAAAAUAGGCAAUUUGUGAAAGGCUUUGAAGAAUAUAGUGAGACAAUGAAGAAGGGUUUAAUUAACUAUGAAUUAGAGCUUUCUCGCGAGAGCGCGAGAGCUGACGCCGUGCACGCUCGCAAUCAAGAAUUGGUUACUGAAUUACUCAAUGUUCGUCAGGAAUUGUCUCGGGCGAAGAAAGAGAAUAAAGACUUAUUGGCGGAACUUGCAAAGCUGCAAAAGCUACAGAGAAGUGUUGUUUAG